UGCAUGGCAUCACACCUCAUGUUGCCAGCAGCAUAUCGAAACCCAAUAACGCCUGAGAGAAAAUCCGUUUCGCAAGGAUCCGACCGUCGCGACUCACCUCCUCGCCAUGAGCGUCGCAUAUUCUCGCGUGGACCCCAAACGGCGUGCCCACAUCGACCCCAAGAAGCGGCAAUUCGCAAAAGCAGAGUUCGCGCAGCAACAUUAUGACCAUCGGCUCAACUUCUACGAGAUACCGCCUACGGCGGAGAUUACGCUGGAGGAGUUUGAGACGUGGGCGAUUAAUCGGCUGAAGGUCCUCUCCGAACUCGAAUCGUGCAGCUUCCGCAACCGCUCGCCAGACGAAACGGCAGAAUACAUGAAGCCCAUCCUGGCCAAAUACCUGCCGCUCCAGCCCAACUCGACCAGCAGCCAGCAGCUACAAGAGGAGCGGAAAAAGGACCACUACAGCCACUUCAUCCUGCGUCUUGCGUUUUCGUCGAUCGAGGACUUGCGCCGGCGAUUCUCACGGCUCGAGACCAUGUUGUUUAAGCUGAGGUACAGGGACGACGAUCCCAGGGAGCGGAGGGCGUUUGUUCAGAGUUUGAAACUGGAUUGGGAGGAAGUGGGGGAGGCGGAGAAGCGGGAGUUGAAAGAGCAGUUACUUGCGGCGGCGGGGUUGAAGAAGGUGCCGACGGCGGAGGAGAUGGAGUGGUUCAAGGUGGACUGGGAGCGGGUGCCGGAUCUGGUGGAGCAGCGGCGCGUGUUUGUGAAGAGGGGGGUGGCGUAUGUGCCGCAGAGGGAGCAGAUGAGUCUGGUGUUGGCGGAGUUUACGAAGCGGUUGGAUGCGGCGCUGGAGCUCACAUCCCGCGCGCUCCCCCGCCUCGACGAAGACGACCGCCUCUCCCCCAUCCUCGCCCACCUCUCCCAAUCCUUCACGACACCAGAAGCCUCGUACUCGGAAUCCUCCUCGCUCAACGGCCUCUCCGCCCUCACCGCCGCCUCCAUCGACAGCCUCCAACCCUCGUUCCCCCUCUGCAUGUCGCACCUGCACAGCACGCUCCGCCGGGACUCGCACCUCAAACACUUUGGCCGCCUGCAAUACACGCUCUUCCUCAAGGGCAUCGGGCUCAGCCUCGAAGAAUGCAUCCUCUUCUGGCGCCGCUCCUUCAAGCUCAUCACCGACGACAAAUUCGCAAAGGAAUACCGGUACAACAUCCGCCACGCGUACGGCGACGUGGGCGGCGACGCCAACCGCCGCGGGAGAGGCUACACCCCUUACUCGUGCCAGAAACUGCUCACGGAGCCGCUUCCCGGUCCGGGACAGGCGCACGGCUGCCCCUACCGGACGUUCGCGCCGGAUAACUUGAUUGCGGUGCUGCAGCGCGAGGGCGUCACGGAUCGCGAGACGCUGAAGAGUGUGAGGGAGGAUGUGGGUAAGCAGCGGUUCCAUGUAGCGUGCAACCGGGUGUUUGAGUGGAGCCACCGGCGGGAGAUCAAGAAGGUGCGCGAGGCCGGGACGUGGUCGGCGGCGGAUCUGGAUACCAUUGUGCAUCCGAAUACGUAUUUUAAAAGGAGUUGGCUGUUGAGGCAUUUGGGGGAGGGGAAUGCGGGGGUGGUGCAGCACCAGGAGGGGGAGAGAAUGGAGGAGUAGGGGGGAAUGGGGACUAGGUGGGUGUGAUGUGUUAUGUUUUUUUCUAAUUCUGGUUUUGAUGGGGUUUGGGAUGGAGGGAUGAUGUUCUGAGGAAUUGGAUCACGGCGUGGGAGUUUGGCGUUUGCGGGGAUACAUCAAGGUUUUGGAUUGCAUGCAAGAGUCAAAGUUCAAUUUCUCCAAAGCAAAGAACGUCCACCCAUUUUCCCCAAUCAAAUCAAAGAAACAAUUCCC